AUGGACUUGAAGGGCUGGGCCUCCGCCGUGGCCCAGCGCAGCAGCCAGCUCGCCCGCGAGGGCAUGCAGUAUGUGGAGAAGAAAAUAGAGCAGCAGCAGCAGCAGCUGAAGCAGCAGCUGCAGCAGCAGCAAGCAGCCUGGGGCAGCGCUACCCUGCGCAGGGGCCCCUCGGGGGGGCCCCCCAAGGGCCCCCAGGGGGGCCCCCUGGGGGGCCCCCUGGGGGGCCCCCCAGCUGAGGGGGCCCCCGAGGGGGCCCCCAUAGGGAUCCCCGCAGCAGCAACAUACUAUGUGCAGCUUUCGGAUUGCUGCGGCUUCCCCCCUGCAGACGCAGCAGCAGUGCUGCAGCAGCAGCAGCAGCAGCAGCAGCAGCAGGAGCAGCAGCAGUUCAUAAUGAACCAGCUGAGCAGCAGAGAAAGGCCCAAAGACAGGGGCCCCAACUGCUUUUUGCUGCCAGCAGGUGCAGCAGCAGCAGACAUCACUAAGCGCCUCCACGCCCUUGGCGAGCAUGCAGCAGCAGCAGCAGCAGCAGCAGAAGCAGCAGCAGCAGCAGCAGCAGCAGCAGCAGGGAGCAGCAGCAGCUGA